GCGCCCCCCGCUCCGCGCCGAGGGCUGGAGGAUGAGUUCCUCGGGGUCCGGAUUUAUGAAAAUAUGCAUCAGUUUAAUACUGUCUUGGAAUUCAUGAGAUGGAAGCAUAGGUCAAAGCUGUUUGGAGAAAAUUGGAAACACAGUUUUAUCUAGCUGCAUUCCGAGGAAUAAGGAGAAAGCAGUGGGAGUUGGAGUCAUUGUCAAGUGAUUACGGCUUUUUACGAAAAAAUCUCAUUGAAUAAUAGUCAUUUAAAUUAGUGAAAUAGCAGGACCAGUUAUUGAAGGUGACAGUGUACAGGAAACAUUAUAAUUGAACAAUGACUCAGCUAUAUAUCAGAUUAUUGGGAGCCUAUCUGUUCAUCAUUUCUCAUGUUCAAGGGCAGAAUCUAGACAGCAUGCUCCAUGGCACCGGGAUGAAAUCAGACUCCGACCAGAAAAAGUCAGAAAAUGGAGUCACCUUAGCACCAGAGGAUACCUUGCCUUUUUUAAAGUGCUAUUGUUCAGGACACUGCCCAGAUGAUGCUAUUAAUAACACAUGCAUAACUAAUGGACAUUGCUUUGCCAUCAUAGAAGAAGAUGACCAGGGAGAAACCACAUUAGCUUCCGGGUGUAUGAAAUAUGAAGGAUCUGAUUUUCAGUGCAAGGAUUCACCAAAAGCCCAGCUACGCCGGACAAUAGAAUGUUGUCGGACAAAUUUAUGUAACCAGUAUUUGCAACCUACACUGCCCCCUGUCGUUAUAGGUCCAUUUGAUGGCAGCAUUCGAUGGCUGGUUUUGCUCAUUUCUAUGGCUGUCUGCAUAAUUGCUAUGAUCAUCUUCUCCAGCUGCUUUUGUUACAAACAUUAUUGCAAGAGCAUCUCAAGCAGACGUCGUUACAAUCGUGAUUUGGAACAGGACGAAGCGUUUAUUCCAGUUGGAGAAUCAUUAAAAGACCUUAUUGACCAGUCACAAAGUUCUGGUAGUGGAUCUGGACUACCUUUGUUGGUUCAGCGAACUAUUGCCAAACAGAUUCAAAUGGUUCGGCAAGUUGGUAAAGGCCGAUACGGAGAAGUGUGGAUGGGUAAAUGGCGUGGUGAAAAAGUGGCAGUCAAGGUAUUCUUUACCACCGAAGAAGCUAGCUGGUUUCGAGAAACAGAAAUCUACCAGACUGUGCUAAUGCGCCAUGAAAACAUACUUGGUUUUAUAGCAGCAGACAUCAAAGGUACAGGUUCCUGGACUCAGCUCUAUUUGAUUACUGAUUACCAUGAAAAUGGAUCUCUCUAUGACUUCCUGAAAUGUGCUACACUGGACACCAGAGCCCUGCUCAAGUUGGCAUAUUCAACUGCCUGUGGUCUGUGCCACCUUCACACGGAAAUUUACGGCACGCAGGGAAAGCCUGCGAUUGCUCAUCGAGACCUAAAGAGCAAAAACAUCCUCAUCAAGAAAAAUGGAAGUUGCUGUAUUGCUGACCUGGGCCUUGCUGUUAAAUUCAACAGCCAUCGCUUUUGUGCCCACUGUGUUUUGCCACUCCCUACAGGGAUAGUAGAAGAGUACCAGUUGCCAUAUUACAACAUGGUACCCAGCGAUCCAUCGUACGAAGAUAUGCGUGAAGUUGUAUGUGUCAAACGUUUGCGGCCAAUUGUGUCUAAUCGGUGGAACAGUGAUGAAUGUCUGCGAGCAGUUUUAAAGCUAAUGUCAGAAUGCUGGGCCCACAAUCCAGCCUCCAGACUUACAGCAUUGAGAAUCAAGAAGACACUUGCCAAGAUGGUCGAAUCCCAAGAUGUAAAGAUUUGACACCUAAACAGUUGUGAGGAGAAACUGCAGACUGCAAGAAAUGUUUUUACCCAAGGAACGGGUGGAAUUAGAGUCAACUAAGGAUAUUAACUUGGUUCUCAGACUCUUUCCUCAGUACACAUUCACAGGCUGCUAAUAUUAAACCUUUCAGUACUCUUACUAGACUACAAGCUGGGAACUUCUUCUAAACACUUCAUUCUUUAUAUAUGGACAGCUUUAUUUUAAAUGUGGUUUUUGAUGCCUUUUUUUUUUUAUUAGGUUUUUAUGAACUGCAUCAAGACUUCUAUCCUGAUUAAUAAGUCUCCAGUCAAACUCUGGGUACUGAAUUGCCUGUUCAUAAAAUGGUGCUUUCUGUGAAAGCCUUAAGAAGAUAAAUGAGUUCAGCAGAAAUGGAAAAAUAUACACCUUUGCCUUCUACCUGAGAAAAUUUAAUCUGUUUGUAUUCUACCUUUGUAAAACAGCCUGUAGAUUACGAUCUGCUUGGGAUACUGCUUAGUUUAUGGUAGUUGGUCAUGCCUUCCUUGAUCGUGGAGUGUGUGUCUGUGCACACAUGCACACCAGGAUUCCUCUGCUGCCGUUUGAAUUAGAAGAAAAUAAUUUAUGAACGCACAGGAAGAUAUUGGUGGCCGGUGGUUUUGUGCUUUAAAAAUGCAAUAUCUGACCAAGAUAUGCCAAUCUCAUAAAAGCCAUUUGUCUUGCAAGUGAGAUAGUUGCCCAGCCAACUUUACUUUUUAACGUAAAAGUUGAUAUAAAAGCCAAAAGAAGUUUAAAGUGUCUGUAAAUUUGGACUGUUUUCCUUCCACGGCCAUCAUUUUUUGGGUAGUUAUUUUUGUCAUGGAAAGCAUCCCAUCCAAAGUCGGAGUUCCCAAUGCAAUGAACCAUGUUCAUAAAGAAAGCACUUCUUAUUGAAGUAAAUUACUGCAUUUGAUAGCAAUGUAAGUGCCUGUAACCAUGUUCUGUAUUCUUUAUUCUCAGUAACUUUUUAAAGGGAAGUUAUUUA